UAUAGCGGAACCUACGUCAUCAUAGCGCGACAGUCUAGUUCUGUCGUACAACAAGAAGAAGAAAUGGCUGCAAGGUUACUGCUCCGCUCCGCGCUCCGCGCCGCAACGGUGUCGCGGGCCUGCCCGGCCCUCGCCCACACCCGGGGCAUGGCCGCUGGAGGUAUCCCCACUGAUGAGGAACAAGCCACUGGUCUGGAGAAGGUCAUCAUGACGGCUGCCAAGGAGGGAGCGGACCCCUACAAUCUGAUGCGGCCCAAGGAGUACGCUGGCUCCAAGGCGGACCCCCACAUGGUGCCCUCCAUCACAGACAAGAGGAUCGUGGGCUGCGUCUGUGAAGAGGACAACACGGCCGUGGUGUGGUUCUGGCUCCACCAGGGGGAGCCCCAGCGCUGCCCAUCCUGCGGGGCCCACUACCAGCUGGUGGCCCACGAGCUGCCCCACUAACUUAUACCACCACACCCGUCUCCGCAUACACCUCUAUUAUUAUUACCCAUGUUAACGUAAAUGUUCACUUCUUAAAUAUUCCAGAUGAUGUUGGAACGACUCCCAAGUAAGAUUUUAUAUUUGUCUGAUCUGAUCUCAGGGUUUUGUUCCAACACAGAACGUAUAUCAACUUUUCAACCUCAUCUGUUUUUGCUUUGUUUAAUCUUUUAGUGUUUUACAAAAACCUUGGGACACAAUUUUAUUCUCUGCAGACUUCCAUUGUGUUGCAGUUUACAUUGUCAUGUACUGUACAAUCUUAACUCCUGGUCCAAUUGCGCUUAAUGAAACAAUAAAGUCUUGAACUCCUGCA